AUUUGCUACAGCCGCCGGAGAGCCGGACGGGAAGGCACAGGGUUCUGAAUGCUGAUGUGGAAGCUGCUCUCUUCGAGCAUGUCAAGGAUAAGCCGGACAUGUCGGUUGACGACAUGCUCUGGUGGCUCUACGACACCUACGAAAUCGUCGUCGGCACGCGCACCAUCCGCCGAGUCUUCGAGCGCAAGGGCGACAAAGUCAAGGCUGUGAAGGGAAAGACGACUGCGCGUCGCAAGAGUCGCAGAUCGGAUGACGACGAAGAGGACGAGGUAGAUGGCGGGUUGGCGAACGUGACGGACGCGCAGCUUGGGGAGGAACAGCAGACACCGAAUGCCGCAGCGAACGCGCCGUAUGACUCGCCUUACGCGCCCAUGUCUGCUCCAGGCAGCAGCAGCGCACAGAUCGAGAACCAGCUUCGCCAGGCGAUGCAGCAACAGACACCACAACACCCAUACCCGGCCCUUAUGGACCUGACGGAGGGCGAGAUACCGGAAGAUCCAGAGUUGAUUGAGCUCCAACUGCAACAGAUUGCCCUGCAGAAACGCGAGGUGGAAUUGAAGCUGAAAAUGCGCCGUCUCAACCGCACACCAGGGAGCAAGGGUGCGCUCGGCACACCACAGUCCGCACCCAGCUCGCUGUUCGAUCCUGUCGCCGCCCUCGGCCCGACGCCGCCCAAGCGUGAUUCACGCAGCAAGAAGAAGAUCGAGGAGUCGAAGCGACGCACCGCCGAGCGGCAAGAGCGCAUGCUGCGCGAUCUGGAGCGCCGCAGCCGGCGUCGCGAUCAUCUCACGGCCGAAUGGGUGCUGAGCAAGGACAUCUGGCCGCUCCGCGCGCAAGCCCUGCUCGCGGACUUGAUGCAUCGCUACGGCUGCUACGCCUACUCGCCGCAGAGCGAGGCCUUGUUCGAUGCCAUGUACCGGGAGCUCUACCAGCUCGUCGACCUCAGCAAAGGCGACUGGGAUCCGCAUGUGCACGACGAGAUGCUGCGCGAGCGCAUGAAGCGCAAGAUGGGCCAGCUGCGCACGAAGAUGCAGAAGACGGGGGAGAUCAUCGGGCGUGGCGAUGGAUACGGCGGAUUUCAGAAGUCAGAGAACUACACGGGCGAAACGGCGGGCAAUACAGUGGGUGAUGAGAGCGAGCUGGUGCAAGAUCCCGCUCUCCACGACGCAACGCAAGCUCUGCAGCAAGCGCAGCCCGGCGCAGCUCCUCCGCCUUCACCGUCGGACAUGCAAGGCGGACACCCUCAAGAGCACCUCCAGUACGACCCCGUGCCUCCCGACCACGAACUGCACCAUCACCACCCCCCGCCGCCGCACAUGGGCUACCCUAACCCCAUCAUGCACCACCAGGGCCCCGGGCAGUAUCCGAUGAUGGAUCAGCAUCACAACAUGCUGCCGUAUGCGCCCAUGGGCGGGCAGCAGGGCAUGUCGUCGCAUCAGGAUGAUAUGGUGAUGUAGGACGUCACUGUGCACGAUGAUGCGGGCAUGGCUACGCUGCGGAACAUCGCCGCUGCUGCUGGUCGUCGUGAUGAUGAUGAUUAGGGGUGGGAAUGUGCUGUGCGUUAUUUGCUUCCAGAGCGAGGAGCGAUUGUGGUCGAGUUGCUUUGUAUCUUCUGCAGUUGCUGUGUUUCCUGUUGAUACCUGAGAAAUCCAGACCGCGUAAUUCCCACUUCACCCCCCGCCCCCACUUCCG